AUGACCGCGACUUUCGGUCAGCAAUCGCACCAGAACCCCAACACCCACGCGGAUAUGGUGGCCAAUGCCACGGCAAUGAAGCUGGCAGCUUUGUCGACAGUGAACAACCGCAUCGCUCUGGAUGAUGCGCGCAAAUACCGCCGUGCUCGUUCCAAUGAUGGUCAGGGCAAGAACUCGCAUGGAAACCCGAUGCUCUCUCAGGGCUUGGCUAGCCCAGGCCUGGGUGGACAGCACUUGGUCGCCGGUCAGCUCCUCAACUCUCAGCAGCUGGUAGCUCUGCAGGCUCAGCAACAGGCGGCUAUGGCCGGUAGACGGUCUCGCCCAACAUCGCCCGGCAUUGCUAUGCAAGGUGGUGGUUUGACCCCCAUGGGCUUCACCUCGCCGCAGAACAAUGGGUUCCUGGCGGCAUAUGAUCCCAACAACCCUCUUAUGGGCAAUGGAUUGGGCUCUUUGAACAUCGGGCAGUUUGGUCUGGGUAAUGAGGGCUACCUGUCAGAUCACUCGGAGGUUACACGAGGCCGCUCUCCGCGGGGUCGCCGUGGCAGCUCGAAGCCGCCCGAGGACCCCACAGACCCGGCUCUUCUGAAGGAUAUCCCCAGCUGGCUGCGAUCCCUCAGGCUGCACAAGUAUACCGACAACCUGAAGGACCUCCAGUGGACGGAACUGGUCGACCUGGAUGACAAGGCCCUGGAAGAUCGUGGUGUCAACGCUCUGGGUGCACGCAACAAAAUGCUAAAGGUCUUUGAGCAGGUCAAGGAGGCCCGUGUUGAUGGUAAAUUCGAAAAUCUGGUUUAA